UCAUGCUGCUGCCAGGUCCAGAGUGUGUCAUGGGGUGCUGUAUGGCCUCCCAUUGCUGCUGCCAGGCCCGUAAAUCUGCCAUGGGCCCCCGUACUGACUCCUCAUGCUGCUGCCAGGCCCGUAAUCUGUCAUGGGCCCCCUGUACCGCCUCCUCAUGCUGCUGCCCAGGUCCAGAGUGUGUCAUGGGUCCCUGUACAGCCUCCCAUUGCUGCUGUCUCCAUGGCCACACUCUGCCAUGUGCCACUUUCAGGUCUCCUCACACUGCUGGUGGGUUCCAUUUUGUCAUAGGGUGCUGUAUGGCCUCCCAUUGCUGCUGCCUCCAC